ACCGUGGUGUUUAGGGCUUUAUUUUCCGAUUUUCCUCGUUUUCUGGUAAAACUUAACAAAGGUACUUUUGUAUGGCUUUGUAGUGUAACACUUUUUUGCAAAAUCUGGCAUCUCUGGAAUAAAAAUUAAAGUUUGGCGCGAGUUCGGAGUUGGAUUUGGAGUUUUGACUUUUCAGUUUCAUUCGUUGUGCGAUUGCGUUUAAUAUAGUUACAUUAGCUUGCAGAUAUUCGAAGCAGUUUUGUUUUUUGUCUUAUCGCUAAUAGGAUUUAACUCUAAAAGUCGUCCGAGUUCGUUUAAUAUUAACCAUGAAGCCCGAAACGAAAUGCGUUCUACGUUUUGCUAAGCUAUCUGCCAACGCCUUCGCGCCAACUAAAGGUUCAGAGAAGGCUGCUGGAUUCGAUCUUAAAAGCGCUUACGACUGUGUUGUCCCGGCACGUGGAAAGGCACUUGUUAUGACCGAUAUCCAAGUUCAACUACCGGAAGGAUGUUACGGUCGGGUAGCGCCUCGUUCAGGGCUGGCGGUUAAAAAUUUCAUCGAUGUCGGGGCGGGAGUGGUUGACGAAGACUACCGCGGUAAUCUUGGUGUUGUGCUGUUCAACCACUCCGACGCAGAAUUUAAGGUGACCCGUGGUGAUCGCAUUGCACAGUUCAUCUGUGAAAGAAUUUUCUAUCCAGAACUGGAAGAGGUAACUAGCUUGACCGAAACCGAACGCGGAGCAGGUGGUUUCGGUUCAACCGGAACACAGUAAAAGGGAGCGUUUAAAUGUAAUGUUAGAAUAAGUUCUUUUUUCCUUUAUAAGAUUUCCAGCCUUGGGCUGGUUCGUUUCAAC